AUGGGGAGGAAGCGCAAGAGCAGAGAGGAGCAAACCGAAGCCACCCCCGCCUCGUCUUCCAAACAGCCAAAGACAAACGAGGGUGAGGAAGCGUCCUCCCAAUCGCAAAGCAACCAACCGCGUAAUAAUUUCGAGCCGUACCCCGCAUCUAAGGUUUACCGUUUGAUCGAGCCCGGCCCCGUCCUGUUAGUCUCGACGGGGUCGUUGGCCGAUUCUACACACAAUCUCAUGACUAUAGGCUUUCACAUGGUGAUGCAGCACGAGUCGCCACCUCUAAUUGGGAUCAGCCUGGGCCCGUGGGACGCUUCUUUCGCAACACUCAAGAAGCAGCGCGAGUGCGUGUUAGCUGUGCCGUCUGUUGAGAUGGCUGGUGUGGUCGUCGAUAUAGGGAACUGCUCUGCAGAUGACGACGAGGUCGCGGAAGCUGGCGGGAAAUGGCAGCGCUUCGGGCUAGAAGCGCUUCCAGCUGCGAAGGUUAAGGCGCCGCUGGUGGGCGGGGGCGACAUUAUCGCGAAUAUCGAGUGCGUGAUCGAAGAUACAAAGAUGGUUAGCAAGUACUCGAUGUGGGUUUUAAAGCCGGUUAAGGCGUGGAUCAACCCGAACAAAAAGCCCGGCGAGGGUGGGAAGAUGUUCCAUCAUCGCGGUGACGGAACGUUCGUUGUCGACGGGGAAAUUCUGGAUUUGAAGGACAGAAUGGUCAAAUGGCAGGAAUACCAAGACUGA